GUUUUCAUUAAAUAUAAACAACUUCUCAAUUUUCCCUCUUCUGAAAAUGAAUCUAUUGAUUUCAUUAAUCAUCGCAUAAAUAAAGAGAAACGAGAACGAGAGCGCUUCACUUUCAUCAUUUGCAAGAAUUAAAGGAUCUGCUUCUCUAUAGCCUCAUGCUGAUUAAGGAUGUUUUUCGUGCUGUGAUGCCAUGAAAGAUCCAAAAAAAUUUCAUUGAUGAUUUGAGUAUCGUCUCGAGUGGCAGUUCGUGAGUUUCAUAUAUCAAGAUGACAAGCUCUGCGAUCAGGAGUUGGGUUUUCUUUGCUCUCUCUUCAAUUUGGUAUUCUUUGGGCGGAAGCUACAUGCACACGUACACCUAUAAUGACUACAUAUCUGCCAAAGUUAAUUCCUUGACCUCCAUCGAGACUUUGCUUCCCUUCAGCUACUAUAGUCUCCCAUACUGCAAGCCCGAAGGGGGGAUCCAAGAAAGUGCCGGCAAUGUUGGCACCGCUCUCAUGGGAGAACAAAUCGUCUCCUCACUAUACCGGUUCCGAGGGUAUGUCAACGAGUCUGUCUACCUCUGCACCACUGACCCCCUGAGCAAGCACGAGGCAGGGCUCUUGAAGCAACAGAUUCGCGAUUUGUACCAAGUGAACAUGAUGAUCGAUGAUUUGCCAGUAGUAAGGUAUGCCAGCUAUGAUGGGAUUAACAUUCAAUGGACCGGCUUCCCAAUCGGGUAUAAAGUACCAAACAGCGAUGAUGCUUACAUCAUUAAUCAUCUCAAGUUCACGGUCUUGGUGAACGAGCAUCGAGACCGCAGUUACCAGGGCUACGACAUAAUGGAUUUUGAUGCGCCAUCCAAUGGUCCGUUCGAGAUUGUGGGCUUUAGGGUGGAUCCUUGCAGUGUUAAGCACGACCCGGAAAACAUGAGAAGGCUUAAAAUGUACGACAACAUAGAUUCAAUGGAAUAUCCCCUCGAUCUCGAGACAUCGCAGGUUGUGAGGGAGAAUGAGAGUUUAUCCUUCACUUAUGAGGUUCAGUUUGUGAAGAGCGAUAUCACGUGGCAAUCCCGUUGGGACACUUAUUCGAAGGAGGGAGAUUCCCAAUUCCAUUGGUUCUCAGUACUCAUUUCUCUGAUAACGAUCCUUAUCUUAACUGGUAUUGUGUUCGUGAUAUUCCUGAAGACAAUAUCUAGGGAACUCGCAAAACGCCAGGGACUCGAUAAGCAGGCCGAAGCACAGACUGAUGAGGAGCCUUUGGGUUGGAAGCUUCUUGCUGGCGAUGCAUUCAGAGAGACGAAUCACUCUAAGCUUCUCAGUGUGAUGGUUGGCACUGGGGUCCAAAUCACACUGACCAUAUUCGUGACUGCAACCAUUGCUGCGUUCGGCUUAGUACCUCCCAGUGCUCGAGGAAUGAUACUGACGUUGAUAAUAAGGGUCUACACUUUUUCGGGAACGGUUGGCGGGUAUGUUGGCACGCGUCUGUGGAGAACACUGAAAGGAAGUGCCUAUGGUUGGAAGUCAGUGUCAUGGUUGAUAGCGCUUCUCUUUCCAGGAAUCAUCGUAACCAUACACGCAGUGCUCAACCUCGUAAUGUGGGUCAACCGAAGCACUGCUGCUAUCUCCAUCUCCAUGUACAUCACCGUUUUAUUGCUCUGGUUCUGCAUUUCAGCACCAGUCACCCUCUUGGGAGGAUUCCUAGCGACCUGGGCUGAGGCUAUCCAAUAUCCUGUAAAAACCAAUCACGUUCCUAGGGAAAUCCCUGCUAGGACACUCCCCUCAUGGCUCUUAGUUUUCGGUGCUGGGACAAUCCCCUUUGGUACACUAUUUAUCGAACUCUUCUUCUUUCUAAGUAGCUUAUGGCUUGGUAGGUUCUACAGCGUGUCAGGGACCCUCUGCCUCUGUCUUCUGUCCCUUGUUGUUGUCUGUGCUGAAACUUCCUUGAUCAUUACUUAUCGCAAUCUACAAGCUGAGGACUGGAAAUGGUGGUGGAAGUCUUUCUGUGCUUCCGGUUUGUUUUCCAUCUAUGUGUUCAUGUACUGCAUCAAUUACUUGGUUAUUAGCCUGGACGGGUUGAGUGGGACCCCAUCAGUCAUAGUUUAUGUUGGUUACUCGCUCAUCAUGGCAAUAGCGGCCCUGCUAUCAACUGGUAGCAUUGGUUUCCUUGCUUCGUUCUACUUUGUGAAAGCUCUCUUCUCAUCAACGGAGAUCUGAGGAGUAAUCUUAUUUAGAUUUUUCAUCUUCUGAAUGAGCUCCUUGCAGUUGGAAACUGAAGUUGCCUCUAUCAAGUACAGGAGUUUUCUAUAUUUUAUCUAUUGCCUUGCCCUUGUCAUGUUUCGCUGAUGAAUAAAGCAUGAGAACAGUUGUCAAUACCUAUUAAUCUUUCCAAGUAAUGUAUUGCCAUCUACUGCGCACAUUUCCACCAUCAUUUCUGUAUUAUGUGACAAUCAAGUACGGAGCUUUAUUGUUAA